AUGCGUCCAUUCUUCUACGGUGCUACUCCCGGCGGUCCGUCCAUGCCACACAUGGGUUACCACCAUUACUACCGCGGCGGUCGUGGACGUCCCCUCCGACUCUUUUGGUUCGCCAUCGGUGCUGUAUCCGCCGUCGCGUGGAUCAACCACAGAGAGAAGAAGGCUAUCACCGCAGCGAACUCGAAUGGAAGUCCAUGGGAGGCUCAACCGCAAGGUGGACAAGGGUGGGGACAUGGGUUUGGGCACGGACAUGGACAUGGACGAGGAAGGAAAUGGGAUCGUGAGGAGGCAGAUUCGGGAUCUAGGAUGGAUUAUGGUGGUCAGAGGCCGAUGGAGAGCAGUGGACCAGUCGCCGCGCCAGCCCCUGCGCCAUCGCAUCAGGCCCCUGUGGCGCCUGCUCCAGUUGCGCCGCCUAUGCAAAGCGAAGCUAUACAGCCCCAGGCGGACCAAAGAUGGGUUGACGACAGGGAGAAGGUCAAGGAGAUUGCUCGACAGGCCUCCGAAACCAUGUCCGAGCUAUCCGAAGCGACUCUCGAUUCCAUGUUAGCGGGACUUCAAAGUCUCAAGAACCGCAUGGCUGAACGUCGUGCCACUCAGGAGCAGCAGACCCCGCAAGAGCAACAGCCUGCUGCUCAGAGUCCCCCACCACCUCCAACUCCCAGGCAUUGGGUUUAG